AUGUUGAAGCAGGUUCUUACCUUAGCCCUUGUCAGCGUGGCAUCAGCGCAAGUGUUUCAUAAAGCGGAGUUAUCUAAUGAGAAGACGCCAUACGACUACGUCAAAAACCGAUUGCAAGAACUCAGCACAGACUCUAAAACUGGAUUGCCUUUAUCUGGGUCGUACGAAGUGGAAGAAAGUGAAGACUAUCCCGACAAGUUUGAAGGGGCGGCAUCUAGUAUAUUGCACACAGCAGUAGGAGGUGUUGGAGGUGCCGGUGGGAUUGGACUGGGACAAGGUGUUGGAGGUAUUGGUCUAGGCGGCAUAGGGCUAGGCCAAGGAAUCGGUCUUGGGUUAGGUGGAGUUGGCGGACUUGGACAAUUUGGCAUUGGUGGCGUCGGCGGUGGGAUUGGUGGCGGCGUCGGCGGUGGGAUUGGUGGAGUCGGUGGUGGGAUUGGUGGAGUCGGCGGUGGGAUUGGUGGAGUCAGUGGAGGUGUCGGUGUUGGAGGAUUAGGUGUCGGUGGCGUAGGUCUUGGAGGUGGCCUGCUGUACCAUCCAAUCUUGGGCGCGCAGGUUGGUGGUGGAUUUGUUGACAAAAAAGCCUACGAUGCUGCACAGAAAAAAGGUGCUGAUGAAAAUGUAGAAAAAUUUGAAAAAAAAGCAGAAGAGGAAUCUAAACACGGACAAGAAGGAUUCCAAGCUGGCUCAGCAGCUGCAAAGGCUGCAAAGGGGGAAUCUAGCUUCUAUAAAGACGAGGAAGCCAAAAAGAAAGCUGCUGGUGAUGAGAAGUUUUACGAAGGUGGACAGAAAUUUGAUAAACAAGGUGCCAACGAGGAACAAUUGAAAAAAGCAAAAAGCCAUAAAAAGGGACAUGUAAGCAAAGGUUUUAAAUCUUCAAGCAGUAAGAACGAGGAAGAAAAGACUGAGACCUUCUAUGACGAGGCACAUGAUGAAGCAGAUCAUAAGAUUGCAGGACAGAACGCUGGAUCCUUCGGUGAGAAAGCAAACCAAGGAUUUAAGGGCGCACAUGAAGAGAAAAUUCUGGAUGCCAACGCGCACGGAAAGGAGGGACAUCAUGUAUCUGAACAGAAAAUCGAUGAUACCAAAGCCAAUAAGGGUGAAUUCCUGCAAAAAGGCUACAAAGGUGGUGCAGAAGUCUUGGAGAAAUUCAACAAUCUUGGAGCCCACUCUAUCCACGGUCACCAGGAGGCAACAGGAGGCUUCCAGCAGAACAAGGGAAUCCUGCCCAUUCACCGUCGUUAA